CGGCGGCUCAGGUUGCGAGGCGGCAGCCCCCGACCCUCCUCCCCUCCUUCCUGCCCGCCUCCCCGGGCGGAGAGCACCGGCCCGGCCGCCUCCUCCGCCCCCUCCCCGUCCCCGUCCCUCUCCCUUCCCUCCCGGCCCCGCUGCCAGGGGCGAAGCCGCCCGCCGGGCCCCGCGGCUUUUUUUCUUGGAUUUUAUUACUGGAAAACUCUCUAAUGACAAAUUUGCUUAGCUAACCCUGCUUGGUGCUCUGCUGAGUGAUAAUCAAGUCCUGAAGAAGACAGGCAAUGUCUGACUGGAAGACUGGCCACAAUUGCAGGAAUACGGGAAAGAGGAGAUAACAGCAGUGUCAGGCUGGGUUUGCAAGAGGUGAAUCACCACCUGCAUAGGUGUAGGAGCUGAGUGUUGUGACCUGCCCUACUUCUCCCUGCUCAGUGUGGGAACGACCUGAGGAGCAUCUUGGAGCCACCUGUACUGCUUCAUGCAGUUAAAUGUUCUGAGGUCAUGAAACUUAAUCCACAGCAAGCUCCAUUGUAUGGUGACUCUGUUAUUACAGUGCAGCUGACUGAGGAAGAUAAAGUUGAAGAUGAUGUAGUUUUUUAUUUGGUCUUCACUGGAUCAACUGUCCAACACUGCACAAGCACGAGAAAGAUUAAUCCUGGGAGUCUGGAGACAAUUUCUCCUGGCCAUGACUGCUGUGAGACAGUGAAGGUGGCACUUUGUGCCUCUAGAGAAGGUCACCCCGUUCUGGUUGUGGCAGAGGAGAGUUUCCAGUUUGUCCAGGAUGAAGCCUACGAUGCUGCCCAGUUUCUGGCCACCUGUGCUGGCAACCAGCAGGCGCUGAAUUUCACACGGUUCUUGGACCGCUCGAGGCCCCCUGCUGCAGACGUGGAUUUUCUGGAUGAGAAGGUGGCCUUGGCAUUUCGACACCUGAAGCUGCCUGCAGAAUGGAACGUGCUGGGAGCAGACCAGUCCCUGAGCGAGAACAUCCCUCGGGAGACGCUGAUGCACUUCGCGGUGCGGCUGGGGCUGCUGCGGCUGACGUGGUUCCUGCUCCAGCAGCCGGGUGGAAGAGGAGCUCUCAGCAUCCACAACAACGAAGGGGCAACUCCUGUCAGCUUGGCCUUGGAGAGGGGCUACCAGAAGCUGCACCAGCUUUUGACAGAGGAGGGAGCCAGGGAGCCGGACUCGUGGAGCACCCUGUCCCACACCGUGCACUCGGGGGACUACAGCGUGAAGCACCACCGCGGGCUGGACGUGUACCUGCUGACAGCUGAGGCCAGGGAGGGGACAGCAGCCAGCUGGGAGAGGGACAUUCAGCACCUUCAGAUGCACAUGCAGAGCCACCAGCACCAGAGUUUAAGGCAGCAGACAGAGCCUGUACUGGGAGAUUCUGGAGACAGCUGUGCUAAAGGAGCAGAGGGACAUCUGACCACUACCUCUCAGAGCCUGGAAGAAAUGGCAAGAGAAGAAAGGCAGGAAAAUCCAUCUGAUCUGGUUCACCUGGACAUUGGGCAGCUCUCAGACCAAACCCAGCAGGAGGAAAAAUGCAACAGCAGCAGACUGGGAGCUUUAAAUGAUGCACCAAAAGACAUGGAUGGUGCAAACAGCCCAGCAAGCUUUUGUGAAAAUAAAAACACAGUGAUAUUGUGUAAAAAGGAAGGAGAGGCGGGGCUAAGAUCUGCAGAGGGCUCUGGGACUGUAUCAGAUGGGGACUGCACUGUGAGCCUGCCUGCAAGUGCAAAUGGUGCUGUGAAUCUUCCAUCCUCUGGAAAUACAAAUGAGGAAGCUGGAAUGACAUCGGCUGGAGCUGUUGUGGAUCAGGCUGGCGUGGGCAGUGCAGUCAGUGCCCAUCAGGAAGUGCAGGCUGCUGAGGAGUUGGCUGCCAGUGCCGCUGCCGUGGCUGCAGGUGAAGCCCCAGCUUCCUGCGAGAGCCUGGAUGUGGCCAUGGGCCAGACCGAGUGCAGGAACUGUGCCGGGGCCCCUGAGAGGGCCAAGGGGCAGCGGCGGGCAGAGGAUGGGAUGGCAGAGCCUGCUGAGAGGGCUGCAAACCCGGGAGAGAAACACCCAGCUCAGGAGGAGCCAUCCAGCGCUGCUCAGCCCUUACUCACUGCUUUCAACGGCACUGGGUGUUCGGAUGGAGAGGAUGCAAAUGUGGGAGUGGUACCGGCCUGUGACAGUGCAAAUGCAGGUGGUGACAUUGGCAGUGUCUCUGCUGACCUUUGCAAGACCAGCAGCAGCAAAGGGACUGAUGUGGACUCGUGCACUGCUCAGGUAAACGGUGAGCUCACGGGAAUCCAGGGUGAUGCCAGUGUCACAGCGAGGCAGGAGGUCACUGUGAGCACUGGGGAAGCAUUGCCAGCAGUUAAUGGGGUGACGGUUCCUGCUUGUGCAUCAAAACCUGCUCCUGGUUUGGAAGGCCAUGGCAGCAGUGAGAGUGGGGAGCAAGAAGGGCAGGUGGAAGCAGGCAGCACAGAUGGAAAAUCCAGCCUGCCCUCACUGGAAGGCAGUGUGGAAACUGAUGGCCCUGAUGCUGAGCCUGAAAAUAGAGAUGUUGGUGGAUCUAAUGAAAGUGGUGCAGAACCUGCACAUUGCCAGGACAGUGGUGAGAUCGCUGACCAUGGGGCUGAAGCCAUGGAGAGCAGUGAAAAGGAGCCAGUAGGAACUGAUACCAGCAGCUGCAGAGAUGGAGGAAGCAGAGAUUCUGCAGGCAGAAGUCAGGAAGUUGCUGCCUGUCCCCCCUCUGCUGCUCAGACUGGCAUUAAAGAUGAAAUGGACAGCAGCUUCAAAGCAGACACUGCUCAGCAGAGCGAACGUGAGGAACGUGAGCCUGCAUUGCUCCCUCCAGAGGAUGUGAGCACAGGCCUGGCAAAGCAAGAGCCUGCCCAGGCUGGAGCAGAGAAAGCAGAAAGCACUUCAGAGCAGGAGGGGAGGAGCAGCAAGGUGGAAUCGCCCUCUCCCCUGCCCCGAGAAGAGGGGCUGGCUGUGAGUCAGGAGGGAGAUGCUGCAGUGGCACCUCCCGGGCAGGAGGCAGCUCUGCAAGGUAAUGACCCUGGAGCAGCUCCAUGUGCCAAGGGCGCAGACGGUGCCGAGGAUAAUUUAACAGGCACACCCUCUGCAACUCAUAGCGAGGAAUCUAAACAAAAGCAGGAAGCGGCGGCGGCGAGGGCAGGCUCGGCAGAGCUCUCCUGGCAGCACGGUGGGAAGCAUGGCGGGGUAGCUGCUGCCUGGCCUGGGCACCAUGCUGGGGGUGAGGGCUCCCCGCAGCAGGCUGAAGGAGGCAGAGCUGAGCCCGGGCAAGAGGCUCCUGUGAAUGGCAAUGAGCCCCUUUUGUCAGAGGAACUUGUUGCUGCUGUUGUGAAACCCUGUGCCUGCAGUCUGGGGGGGCCUGUGGUGGGCAGCAGCAAUGUGGAUGCUGGGCUGAAAGCAGCAGCCCAAUCUGAAGAAGUCUGCCAGGCUGGAGCAGCGGUUGCAGCCAUGCAUGGACCUGCAUCAGCAGAUGAGUCACUGGGUGCAGAGAGAGACCCUUGUCCGAACGCUGGGCUGAACCACGAACAAGGCCCCGCUCAAGCCCUGCACAGCAGCACCCUCGAGCUAAAGGGUGCCUCGGAGGAGGGAGCCCCCAGUGAUGCCAGUGAGGGUGAGGAGGUGCCAAGGCCGGUGCCAGUCGCCCCUGCUGCAGUGUUCCCAGAGGAGCAGGAGGGCUCGGAGAGCGUGCUGCCCCGGGCAGCGCUGCAGCCCAUCGCGGAGGAGCCCACGUGUGACAGCGACUCCAGCACCGACACCGUCUGUCCUGCUGGGGACAGCGACACUGCCCCUGCCCUGACAGCGGCCCAGGCUGAGCCCCACGCCAACCAAAGCCACUCUGUACCUGCAGUGCCCUUCUCGCCGUGCUCCUGCCGCUCGCAGGCUGCUGAGUCACUGCAAAAUGUGGGAGUGAAGGGUUUGGUAUCGGCUAAUGAUGCCUCUUCUCCAGAUGAAGUUCCUAAAAUGGUAAAAAGUUUUGAUGCAGUGGUUUUUGCAGCAGAGACACCUUGUUCCCAUGAAGUACCUGCCACAGAAAAAGUGGGGCUUGAGCCCCAGGCUGCAGUGGAUGCUGGAGCCAGCCUUAAUGGACAAAUGGAUUUAAGUUCCUCAGCAAAGAAGAAGAAUGUCAGCCUGGCAGUGCAAGGAGCUGAGCCUGUUACAGGGAGGUUGGAAAUGAAAACUGAGGACGAGGUGGAUUUUCAGAAGGUCAGCACAGAGGAACUGAUAAACCGUGAGAGCUGGUGCCCGCUGGAGCCGUGUCCCGACUCCUCCCUGCUGCAGCGCAAGCGCACGCGGGAUGCUCCAGAAUGUGAGAACUUCUUGGAGGAUGGGCUGAGCAGUGUCUGUGCCUCGUCACAGGGUGGUCUUAAAAGAGAGUCCGGGAGUGAGUCUGACCUCUUCCCCUUGCCUGGUGAUGGGAUGGAAGACCUUGUCUUUGGGAAGCAGCCUGAGGAGGAGCAGUCUGCGUGCGAUGUCACCAGCUCCAGCUCCUCUGCGGAUGACACCGUGUCCCUGGAGAGGAACUCGUCCCUGGGCAGCGACACGUCCCUCCCCUUCCCACCCACGGGGAGCUUCGCCCAGCCCAAGGACAGGCUCAGCCUGGAUGGCAGCUGCACCAACAUGGUGCCCUCAGAGGGAGGAGAGAAGGAGGAGGAGCUGGACAGCAUCACGGAGGUGGCUCCCUCGUCCGUGCUGCGCGGCUCCAUGCGGCCGCUGUCGCCCUUCCGCCGGCACAGCUGGGGGCCCGGCAAGAACGCCACCAACGAGGCAGAGAUCAACCAGAGGAGUUCAAUGCGAAUUCUGGGGGAUGGUAUAAAGAAGCCUCCCAUUCAUAGGAGAAGUUUGAGCUGGUGUCCCUCAGGCGUACAGUACAUUGCCAUGGGUCCUGACUUUACCUGUAGAAGUUACAGCCUAGAAGGCCUUGCUGGAGACUCUGGUGAGAACAAAAAACCAUCUACAAAUCUGGAGGCUUCUUCUCUGAGCUCCAAAGACCUCAGGAGGAGUCCACUUGCCAGCAAUCAGUCCCUGGUCCUGCUCUCUGAGGAGCUCGAGCAAGGAGAAAUCAGAGACUACAACCACCAGGUGCAUCAGACAUCACAGCCACAAGGAUUUAACUUCUGUUCUUCUGCUGUUUCAUCUCCACUGACCAAAUCCAUGUCUCUAAUGUCAAUUAGCAAACCAGUGCUCGACAGCACGCAAUCGUUCGGCGGCUCCGUGGGCUCCUCCGUGCAGAGCAUAUCUGAAGAGAGCAGCAGUGUCCCUGCUGGCAAAGGUGUAACAAAAGUCAGCCGCACCUUCAGCUACCUCAGGAAUAAAAUGUCCAGCAGCAAGAAGAGCAAAGAAAAGGAGAAAGAUAAAGAGAAGACUAAAGAGAAGGACAAAGAUUCCAAGGAGAAGGAAAAAGAUAAGAAGCUGUUAAAUGGACAUCUCUUCACUGCAACCUCUGUUGUAGCCCAGGCAACCUGUUACCACUGUAUGAAGCCUUUCAAUAAGGAUUCGUACUACUGUGCAAACUGUAAUGCAAUUGUUCACAAAGGCUGUAAGGAGAGUUUUGCUUCUUGUGCAAAGGUUAAAAUGAAGCCACAGAGAGGGAUGCUGCAGGCACAUGACACCUCUUCGUUACCCACAGUAACCAUGAGAAACAAAAGCUCUCAGCCCAAGGAGCGCCCGCGCUCCGCGAUCCUCACUCCCGACGAAAGCACCGUCACCUCCACCUUCAGCAACAGGAGGUCACAGCAGCCCACUGCACUCUCCAAAAGUGUCUCCAUACAGAACAUUGCAGGAGUUGGGAAUGAUGACAGCUUAAUACACACUUGGAAAUUCCUGUCGCAGUCAACAGACUCUUUACAUAAAAUCAGCCGGGUUAAUGAAUCCAUGGAGUCACUGGUUGAUGAAGGUGCAGACAUGAAUGAAGGACAGCUCAUGGGAGACCUGGAAUUAGAUUCCAAGCAGCUGGAGGCAGAGUCCUGGAGCCAAGUAGUGGACAGCAAGUUCCUACAGCAGCAGUACAAAGAUGUUGUCAAACGGCAAGAUGUGAUUUACGAGCUGAUGCAGACAGAAAUGCACCACGUCCGCACCCUGAAGAUCAUGAACGAUGUGUACAGUGCAGCCAUGGUAAAGGAACUGCAGUACGACCAGCAAGUCGUGGACAAGAUCUUUCCCUGCCUGGAAAACUUGCUGCACAUCCACAGUCAGUUUUUCCAGCGGAUUCUGGAAAGGAAGAAGGAGUCACUGGCAGACAAAAGUGAAAAGAACUUUGUUAUCAGGAGGAUAGGUGACAUCCUGGUGAAUCAAUUCUCUGGGGAGAACGCUGAGCGAAUGAAGAAAACGUACGGCAAGUUCUGCGGCCAUCACAACGAGGCUGUCAGUUACUUCAAAGACCUCUACUCAAAGGACAAGCGCUUCCAGGCUUUUGUCAAGAAAAAAAUGAGCAGCUCCCUGGUGAGGCGUCUUGGGAUUCCUGAAUGUAUCUUGUUGGUAACACAGAGAAUCACAAAGUACCCAGUCCUUCUACAAAGGAUACUGCAGUACACCAAAGAGAAUGAAGUGGAACACGAGGACUUGACUCAGUCCUUAAACCUGGUUAAAGAUGUGAUUGCUGCAGUCAAUAGCAAAGUCAGCAAUUAUGAAAAGAAAAUGCGCCUUGGGGAGAUUUACAACAGGACGGACAGCAAGUCCAUCAUGAGGAUGAAGAGUGGUCAGAUGUUUGCAAGAGAGGACCUGAGGCACCGGAAACUCAUCCGAGAUGGGCCUGUUUCCCUGAAGAACUCAGCUGGCCGGUUGAAAGAAGUCCAGGCUGUUCUCCUCUCUGACAUGCUCGUGUUCCUUCAGGAGAAGGACCAGAAGUAUGUCUUUGCCUCACUGGACCAGAAAUCCACUGUGAUCUCUCUGAAGAAGUUGAUUGUACGAGAAGUGGCUCAUGAGGAGAAGGGUUUGUUCCUGAUCAGCAUGGGGGGAAAGGAUCCUGAAAUGGUGGAAGUGCAUGCCAGCUCCAAAGAAGAGCGCAAUGGCUGGAUACAGAUCAUCCAGGACACCAUGCACACCAUGGAUAGAGAUGAAGAUGAAGGAGUCCCUUGUGAGUCUGAGUUUGAAAAGAAAUUGUCCGAUGCGAAAGUGAGAGGACUGAAAGAACAACUUCAGCAGAAGGAUAAACAGAUCCUGCUCUUGCUGGAGGAGAAGACGAAGAUCUUCCAGGACAUGGUGGACAGUUCUGUGCAGGAGGAGAUGCCAGGCUCCAGGCUGCUCUUCAGAGCCAACACAGAAGAGGCUCCUAAAGGAGAGGCAAUCAUGAAAACUGCAAUAAAUGAAGUUGAACUGCUGCAAGACCUGGUGAACAGGAGCCUGGGCACUGCCCUUGGACAGCAGGUCAGCAGCACUGCCAUAGAUCAGGAGGGAGGAGUUGGCCCCAUCUCACUCCCUAGAAGGGCAGAAACUUUUGGAGGAUUUGACAGUCAUCAGAUGAACGCCUCCAAGGCAAAGCAGAAGGGAGGAGUUUCCUCCUGCAGAGAGGUGGAAGGUCCCAGGACGUGGCGCAGGAGAGCAGGUGGAGCGAAAGAUGAAGGUGAUGAUUCUCAGGACCUUCGGAGAACAGAGUCAGACAGCAUUUUAAAGAAGGGUGGAAAUGCUAAUUUGAUGUUCAUGCUGAAAAGGAAUAACGAGCAGGUCCUCCAAACCAUUACCAGCCUCCAUAAGCUGCUCAGUGCUUUGCAGGGCGUGGUGCUGCAGCAGGACACCUACAUCGAGGACCAGAAGCUGGCUCUGAGCGAGAGGGCUCCGAGCCGAAGCUUCUUCCGGCCGCCCUCGCUGCUGGAGCAGGAGAAGCAGCGCAGCCUGGAGAAGCAGCGCCAGGAGCUGGCCAACCUGAAGAAGCAGCAGACGCAGCACCAGGAGGAGAAGCGGAGGAGGGAGAAGGAGUGGGAAGCGCGGGAGAAGGAGCUGGCGGAGCAGGAGGCCGAGCUGGCGCAGCGCGAGGAGCAGGUGCAGCGGCUGCGGCAGGAGCUGGAGCGCGAGCGCGAGGAGCUGCAGGUGAAGAAGGCGGCGUACCAGCUGGACCUGGAGCGGCUGCGCGCCGCGCAGAAGCAGCUGGAGAGGGAGAAGGUGCAGCUGAAGCAGGACGUGGAGCGCUUCGCUCAAAUGCGGCAGGAGCCUGACCACAACCAGGUUUCAAAUCUACAUGAGAAACUUGCAAGAGUCUCCUCCCAGUCCAGCAUUGAUGAAUCCUCCAUGCAGAAGAAUCCUUCUCUUCCUAAACAAGGGCACUUUGAUGCAGAACUAUCUGUCUCCCCCAAAAGGAACAGUCUUUCAAGGACACACAAAGAGAAAAGCACUUUCCAUUUGCUUAGCACAACAAACCAGACUAACAAGGCAGCUGAGGAGCAGACCCAGAUGCCUACUCGCCUCUUCAGUUUAGCCAAACCAAAGGAGAAGAAGGAGAAGAAAAAAAAGGGCAGGGGACAUCGCUCCCAACAGUCUGAUUCUCACUCGUCAGAAGCACCUCCAGAGGGUGAGGAGAUCUUCUGCUGAGCAUGGACUGUUCCAGUGGUCACUGGUGGCACUGGCACCGUGGACAUCUCCCUGCCUGUGACACAGCACGUGGCUGGUGCCGGCGCUGGACGAGCAUCUGGAGGUUUUAAAUAAAACGUGUUCUGAACUCUGCUAAGUGGUGGAUAAGGGCCUCUCUCCUGUGGUUUUAGGUGAAUUCUCCCUGCAGAGGCUGUGCCUGCACGGCACACAGGACCAUCUCCCUGUGCAAACCUGGGGUCAGAUGGAUUGGGGUAGAUGUUGUCUGUCUCUUCUUACUGCUAAAGGAUGAGAGAACAUAGCCUUAAGGGGUCUGUGCCUUCAAAUUCCCCUUUUCUGGGGAAAAGAACCAAAACCAAGCAUUUAGCAAAAGAUUAGGACUCUACAAAUGGUGCGUACACACUGGCAUAUAUAGAUAUACUGUAUAUAUACAUAUAUGUAUCUAUGUAUCCACUGGGAUAUGCUUACAGUCCCUGCAGCCAAGUCCACCCGUGGGGAUAGAUGAUACCUGACAACUUUCAGGGAGUGUGUAGAUAUUAAAUAUCUUGCCCUUACUUCUCUGGCUGUAACACAGUGACCUGCACGCCCCUUUCGUGCUCAUAGGAUAGGGGCUGUUUGGUUUCAGAAGGGUACCUUACACCAGGAAACAUUCAGAAGCAACAAGUCAGAGGAUAAAAAAUUUAAAAUUAUUCUGAACGAUUUCCGUGGGCAGAGGAAUCAAAUGUCAAACUGUUUGUAGAGUCAAGCAGAACAUUAUGGGGUGUAUUUAAAAUGGCGCAGAAAAGAGAAUUUUGGUGGGCUGGUAAGGCAAUCCCAGGGAGCCAGAUCAGGCUGUUUAAAUGGAAACAACAGUAAACAACAUUUUUUUUACACAAUCUCAUUGAGCUCCAGCUCAUUCCCUCCCAUCCCUGAAGUAAAGAUUAUGUUUUUGCUGGAAUAGAGCUCUCAGUUGCAUUUGACAUCUCCAUACAAGCCUAACGACUGAGUGGGGGGUGGCUAAAAAUCUGCUUUUAGGGAUCUUUGUUCUGUUCAUUGUGUUUUUCUUAGCCUGCUUUUUGUGCUACCUUUGGGCUUCUGUUUCUCUGGAUUUUCUCCCUUGCCCUGCUCGUUUCUGAGGCAGAGUGAGAGCAGCAGUGUCUGAGCAGGUCAGUGAGACAUUGCAGGGCAGCAGGACAGGCUCCAAGGACAUGGCUCCUAUCCCUGUGGCUGUGCAAUUCUGGGCACUUGGGAACCAUUUCUGGGGAGAAGAAGGUUCUGAUGGACAAAACCCCUGUGGGACAGGUCUGGAGUCCAGUGUGGCAUGUCCCCAUGGCUCUGGGGUGAGGUGUCCAUGCAGAACAGGAAGGUCCAAGGGCAGCUCUUGCUGUGCCAGCUGUGGGGUGUCUGUAGAGUUGUGGAAUACAGGGAUGUGUCCACGGGGGGAGAAGAAAUGCAACAAGACACACUUUUCUCAAAAAUCACCUUUAUUCCAAACCCUGUCAGGAGAAUUACCCAAGUGGAUUUGUAAAUGGUUACCAGUUCAAAAUAGGUCAAGGUUUUGCUCAAGAAUUUGAAGCUGUCAGGUGCAUUUCCUUUCCUACCAGUUUUUUUCUUUGAAAUAACAAAUAAUUUCUCUUCUUGUACUAUUGUUUGAUUUCAGUUUGCUCUCAGGCUUGUCAUGAGCUGGUGACCUGUAGCAGUUUUCAGAGUUAGUGCUGAUAAGUAUGGUGAGGUGGAUGCUUGGGCUGGGCUGUCUUGGAGCAGGAACACUGCUUGCUUUGGAAGCUCUCUACACUAUUAAAACUCAGAAGAAAAAGAAGAAAAAAAAAGAAAGGAAAAAGGGUUGAGAUUUAUUUUUGUUUUGUUUUUUUUUUAAUAUUAUUUGGUGCUUGUUCUUAAUUGCAAGCAGGGCUUGCAAAAAUAUUUAUCUUUCAUUUUAUCUGAAAGAGUUUUUUAAAAAAGUUUACUUGGUUUUAUUUUUUUAUUUCUUUUUAAUUUUGCUUUUGUUUGGGGAAUCGUUUGAGGCUUUUUUUCUCUUUCCCCCCCCCUUUAAUUUUUUUUGUUUGUUUAUUUGUUUUGUUUUCUUACCAAAAGAUUGGUAAACCAAAUGUUCUCAUUUCCCUGCUUCCUACAAACCAUGGGGUUGGGCAGUGCUGCUUUGCAGCUCAUUCCAUACCCAAAGUCACACAAUUUCAGCUGAGAGCUUUCUUCAAGGCAGAGCAUCUUCAGCCAAAAAAAAAUCUGGAAAAAAGACACAGUGGCUUCAGACAAGGCUCCUCUUCUCAAUCAGUUUCCCUGUUUAAACAUUUUGAUAAGUUGUUUUGUCACUAUGAGAUUUUCAAUUUAUCCCACUGUCUUUUCCCCAGUCCCAGCACAUGCUAUAUUCACAGCACAGCAAUGUCCCAUGGCUCUGAGAAGGGCACCAAAAGGCAGAUGAGUGACCCAGGGCAGCAGGAUUGAGUCUGCCUGGAUUCACAUCUGUCCUGAUCUGUGCAAAUCAAAAAGAGCAUUCAGUGCCUGAAGUGCAAAUACUAUUGGCUAAGUGAUCUCCCAAGGCCCCUGUGGUUCCUUGACAGAAACCACAGGUGUGAGUCAGAAAUACACUGACCAGAAAUCCUGUGUAUCAAAGCUCUUUGUGUCUUAAAUUCUGGUGGACAGACCUUUGUCCCUGGAGGAUGUCUGUUACUUCAUGAUUCACUUUUUUGGAAUGAAGCCUUUCCUCCCACGCUGCUUCCUCCUUCUUUCACCUUUAGGAAGGUAAGGGCUUGUUUUUAUCUCUUUAGCCUUUUAUUUUUCCCAUCUCAGGUUUUCUUUGGAAAGGCUUGGCAUAGGUUCCUAGAGUCAGAUUCCUGCUCUGAUCCCUGAAGGUUGUCUAGCGUUGUCUGCUAGAUUAUGGUCCCAGACUGACAGCACCAAAACUCUUCCUCUUCCUGGCCUUAAAAUUGCAUUUGCUCCAGUUCCAUGCCUGGAAUCCAUCCUGCAGUUGAUGAAAGCAUGUUUUUUCUUCAGCCCAGCCUGUUCCCAGAGCCAGUCUCUUGAUCCCAUUUGGAGUUCCCAAACCACCCUAUUUUGCAUUGAGUUCCUGGAACUCAGAGUAGGUUCAAAAACAUCUGUUUGAAGCCCAUGUUGUUGGAGGAGAAGAGGAUCCUGGGGGAUCUUGGAGCUGUUUGUGCUGGUGUUUUAUGGAGGGCAGAAAUCAAAUUUGAUUUUCUUGGGCUUUUCUUGGCUUGGUCUUUGCCAUGCCCAAUAGGAGGGGUUUCAGUGUCCAGGGAAGGUGAGAGUGUGGGCUCAGACAAGUACAGAAGUGGCCAGUAUUAGCUGGGGGUGCCAGAAUACCCAGCAGCAGAGAGUAACUGUAGUGAAGGGUGGGAGACUCCAUGAGGUUGUGUGGGCUUGGCCUUAGAUGCUUUUAAAUGAAGUGAUCAUCUCAACAUGUAACUUGAUGUCAGUUUGAUGCCAUAAAGCACUUUAAAUGGAACUGGUCUUGCCCUUUCAAUUACGGUUAUUUGGAGACAAUCAGUUUUGCAAUUGCUUCCCCCUCUGUAUCCCCAGCAAAAUCAGAGCUUCAAGUAGGCGUGUUCCUGGUUUGGUUUGGCUUUUCCCUGAGAGGGGAGGAAGGGCCAAGCUUUUUGUAUUAUUUUUAGAGUGGGUGUGAAUCUGACUACAGUCCCACUGCAGAUAGGUUAAGUGGCAGGACAAGAAAGCUGGCUUCUCUUGGCUCAGGUACAUCCUCCAGGAGAGCCCAUGCCAGCUUCACCAUCACCUUCCUCACAGCAGAUGGGGAAGCAGCCCCACCAGUGGUUUUCCCUCCAUCUCCUUUUCCUUGGAGAAACUCAGAGUGAAGGAGAUGUGAGGCCCUUUCCAUGCACCAAGGUAUUUACUGUCCAGGCCACUGGGACACCUCUCAGGUGCCCUCCCCAGGACAGGAGCUAUCGUCCCCACUAAGGGUGGAUUCUUCCCUCUGGAGGUGUGACAGUGCUGGGCAGCACAGUAAUUCCAUCAGCUUGUGUGGAUUUGCAUCCAGAGAGUCUGAUCACCUUUGCACCUUUUGUGAGUCACCAGGAUAUCUCACAGCUGUUGCUGAAACACCCAAUUCCAGUCCUUCCACAUGCCACCUAGUCAGAAGAGGUUCUUCAGGUGCCAAAUCCCAAGGAAGCUGUCUAGGGUAUCUAUGGCAUGGAGCAAGGGAGGACUGGGCAGGGGACACAGGAAAGUAUCUGCUAAAAUCCCACAAAACAUUCCUUGUUAACCAGAACUCUGGAAAUUAUUCUGCCUGCUGGCCAGGUUUGGGAAUUUAUCAUGAUUUAGGGCACCCUUUAAAAUAAAAAACCUCCCCUGCUGCUCAUAACUCUUGCUUCAUUUGUCAGAAGGGGCAGCAAUCUACAAUCCUUCAUUGGUGAUACAGCUAAUUUUUAAAUAUAGGUGAACUGAACUGGCCAAAUCUCCUACACCUUGUGCUCUUCAGUCGUGAGAAGUGUAGUGCCAGCUCCCUUCCCACCUGCCUUUCCAGGGCUCUGUGCCCUUUCCUUCCACAUGCAUUUCACUGACACUGAUGCUUUGCCCAAAUGUAAUUCAGCUUCCAUUGCUGGGGGGAGGGGGGAACAGGAUAACAUUCACUGCUUUGCAUACAGCUAUGAGCUUUGUAUGUAUUUAAGCUGUCUAUAGGUAUCCAUCUUUUUCAUGCUCUAAAGUAAUCCUACUAUUUUCUUUAUCAAUAUUAAACACUGACUCAAAAAAAAAAUAAAAUAAAAAUCUAUGCCCGGUUCAGUUCGCCUAUGGUUAAAGUUUAGCCUGGUGUUUAUUUUGUACUAAUAUGGAAUGCACUUGAGUAAUUCCCAGAACAUUGAGGUGUAUUAUAAUAACCUGAUAUACCUCUGCUUUUGGUUUGUUGCUUAUUAAAAAAAAAAAAAAAAAAAAAAAAAAAAAAAAAAAGGAAAAAAAAAGGCUUUGCAUUUUCAUGUUGAACCCAUAAAGAAAAAAGUUGGGAAAAAAAGAUUUUUAAAGAAGAGGGUAAAACCUAAUUGCUGUAUGUUAAUUUGUAAUUAUGUAAAAAGUGAGCAGGUUAUUGACUGUAAAAUUCUUCAGUUUUUCUGUAAGUUGCCAGAAACCAUUAGGUUUUGUAACAAGCUUUUAUUUAUCUUCCUUUUUAGUUAUCAGUAUCAACCUCUUGUAAAGUCAUUCUUCCUCUAAAUAAAUUUGAUUUUAAGUCUGA